UCCUGGUAACCAUGAAGUUUGACGAUAUCCUGGAGAGGGUGGGGGAGUUUGGGUUCUACCAGAAGCGGCUUUAUAAAAUAAUGUGCAUCUCGUCUACCACUGUGGGCUGUCUGAUGAUGAUGUUUGUUUUCACCACGCACACACCGUCGCACAGAUGUAAAAUUCCUGGCUACGACAAUGAUACACAUCUUGAGCAAAAUGAGAACCACAGACAGUUGAUAAACUGGUCUAUUCCACUUCCUGAGGAUACACACUCGGUUCUGAAAUAUGACAGGUGUCACGUGAUACAACGCGAUGAAUCCAAUGUAACUCGACUUUUCAAAUGCAGCGAAUGGGUGUACGAUAGGUCUGUGUUCGAAGAAACAUUUACGUCUAAGGUUAGCACUGAUGAUAAUCGUGUAAUCCUGACGUUUUAAUUCACUAUAAGUAUUCUAGGUACAUGCUUUUUUUUUACCUUCAUAAUGAAUGAUAUGUUUGGUAGCGGGUGUGUUAUAAUUAAAAUGGAUGUAAGAGACAACUUUAAUAUUUCAUUUACAAUUCACCUUACGUUUCUGAACCUUCAUAUUAUGGACACAGGCUUAUCAUGAAGAGUCUUAUGGUAUGCAUAUAAACCACGAGAAUUGUCUUGUCACAAACUGGAAAAUAGGCAUAAACACUAUUUGGUAUAUGACUUAAUACAUGAUCUAAGGAAUUGUGCUAAUUUUCAUUAACUUUCUUUGAAACAAUAUCUUGUAAACUUGGGUAAUUUUUUUUCCGGAGGAAAUCCAAAGGCAAUAGAGUCAUGAUUUGAGUCGAGGCUUGUAGAUUUCCUUUUCUGAACGUUUAUUAUGUAUUUUCAACUGAAAAGGAACAUGCUAAAUGCAAACUCUCUUGUAAGAUACUUACACAUCCUGAUGGAUAACCGAUAGCGU